AAUUUAUCUGAGCUGUAAAAAGAUUGCAAGAACUAUCGAAGAGCUUCUUCAGCCGAUGUAGGACAUGGUUUUGCGCCACGGAAAUCUCGAUGUUUUAGCUUGCGUUUUUGCCUGCGCUCGGUCUCAUAACAAUGUAGAGAAAGUGCGCGGUGACCGCGAGCGCAGCGCACGGGCGAUGUUGACGCUGUCACCUUGCCGUCUGGUUCCCAUAGCUUCUUGACUUUUUUUUUCCAGUGGAGUAUAAUCAAGAGGAACUUGUGAAUGUAAAAGAAGGCGGCUGUUGAGAAGCGACUGAACCGUCCAGCUGCCCACGCUGCCGCUGGGUCGCUCUGCACAUCCGUGCACACUUCUGAGGAGAAAAACGGCGAGCAACUAAAAAAGGGGACAAGACGCGUCCUUGUUUUUCGUGAAUAUUUCGCCCAGUCCUCGUUUGGUGCGCUCUGGAGAGACGUGGAGCUAUUUCAAGCUUUCUGUUUCUCGGGAUAUAUAACAUUAGAAUGCUAGCAUCCGUAACAUUUGGAGUAAGGUGUCUAACUUAAGGUGACCAUUACGCUCUAGCGUCGACGUUUGUUGGAACGCAUAAAUGGACGAAUACCAAGAGGACUGAUUCGGAAUUGUUGUCUGGAAAAAUGUGGCUGAAACGGUGUGUCACACGCAGUUCCAUGGUUGCUUGGAGACCUGGAGGAAUGCUGGGAUGUAGAAUGUGGAUCCUCUUCAUCCUUGUCCAUCUCACAAUGGAUCUGUCUCUGUGUGCACCAGCAGGCCAAGGGCUCACCCUCAAACUACUGCCCAGAUCAGUGCCCCGCUGGCAGCCGCACCCUCUGCCCACUCGGGACAUGCUUACCGGCCAGCACUUGAGGACUCUGGGUGUCUUGCAUCGUGGCAUUCCCCCUCCCUUGCCAUCACUAGGCAAUCACGGGGAACUGGAGGGCGCCAAACUGUGGGGGCGGAAAAACCGCAGGUCACUCCAAAAACGACAACUUUGCGCGGAGUGCCCCUCUGACAAAGGGAAGUCGGUUGCAUUACCAGAGGGGAGUAAAUCUGAUUUAAAUCUGCAUUUAUCUCGCUCACGGAGGCAGCUGAAAGGGGACGGCUAUGACUCCCUGGAGGGGAGGACCACCACAGUGGCAGGAUUUAUUGACUGGGGCCCUACAGGGGCUGACGAGGGGCAUGAGGAGGAGGCGAAAGUGACCCCGAAUGCCACCGUCACCUCUUUAGCCCCUUCCACCACCACAGUUACCGUAACUAGCACUACCACACGCAGCCCCCAAAGGACGUAUGCGGUGAUUACAACCGCACAUCCUAAGAGGCACAGCACCACACAGCCAAGCAACUCCAGAGUGACUGCCAAACCACCGAAUCCUUUUGGGGACACACCAGGUCUGGCUGUUCACCAGAUCAUCACCAUCACUGUGUCCCUCAUCAUGAUCGUUGCAGCCUUGAUCACUACUCUAGUCCUUAAAAACUGUUGUGCGCAGUCCGGGAAUGGCCGACACAGCAGCCAUCAGAGAAAGAUCAACCAGCAAGAGGAGAGCUGUCAAAACCUGACUGACUUCACGCCCGCCCGCGUGCCCAGUAAGGUGGACAUCUUCACUGCCUACAACGACAGUUUACAGUGCUCGCACGAGUGUGUGCGGGCCGGCAUACCGGUGUACACGGACGAGAUGAUUCAGCACACACCCAUCUACAAGACCUCCUACAAUGGAAACAGACCGUCGCCCACUGAAAGGCAGCUAAUCCCUGUGGCCUUUGUGUCUGAGAAAUGGUUCGAGAUCUCCUGUUGAGGCCCUUUUACUACCUUUGGGUUGAGCCCACGUCUUCAAUUUGUGCCCUGGAUCUCAUUGGAAAACCUGUGAAUCGAACACAAAAGACUAAAACACAAUAAAGCAAAACAAAACCACAAGAACAACAACGACAAGCAAUUACAGAGAUGGGAAGCGAGACGAACAGGCAGUUUUGUAUAAAUGUCGGAUCUCUCUAGAAGCGGACUGAAGAUGUUUAUUUUUCUAGACUGAUGCAGUGCUAUGGAUACCACUCCCAAAUUAUUUUCCAUAGACAUGUGAUCAUUUUAGAGAUGAAAUACCUAGAGCUGAUAUAUUAUAUACGUGUAUUACUGCACAUGUGGGUGUGCUGGAGAGGAGAGGCUGCGGGGACGCUCUCUGACACGAUACGUCUGCUUGAGUGGAGAAAAGACUCUCCUGAACUUUGUGCCAAUAAUGCCAUUAUGUGCCACUACAUAUAUAGAUGGGACGCGUUCAGUUUUGUGGAAAAUUACAGACACAUCAAGUAAUUUCAGUGACUGUCUCCCAAUAUAAAUCUGUCAUCCGUUUUUGUAUAAAAAGUAUGAAUAUGUAUUUGAAAUAUGUUUUGAAAUAGCUGAGGAAAUGUGUUACAAAUGUCCAAAAAAUAUUUAUAUGGAGCACUAUUCAUUUAGAGGAAAAAAAAAUGAACCCAGUGAGGAAUAGUAUACCCAGGUUUUAAUUUCACUACAUUGUUACUAGGCCCCGUUUUAAAGGAAUAGUCUCUAUUUUUAUACAAACGAGGUUACUUAUGAGUCAGACAGACCCAAUUCAACUGGACUCUUGGGACUGUUAAUCUGCGAGUGGAGGUUCAAUGAAAAGUUGAAAUGUUUUUAAAGCUAUCAAACAAUGUGGAAGCCAGAUUCAGUAUUCAUUUACAGCUUAUUUUAUUUGCCAAAGCCAUGCUUCAGACGCUUGUUGAGUUUCCUUUUCUUUUUUUCUUUUAUCACUGAUGAGAAAUUACAUGUACGGGUUAAUCAUGUUUACGGACUCACAGACCCUCAGAGAGGUGUUUGAUAACAACUGUUAGUUUGUGGGUCGAGCCUAAAUAACACAAUUAUCUAUUAAAACAUUACAAAAUAGGUAAUAAACCUCCUCUAGGUUUUAAUUACAAAGCUUAAUUUGAAUAAAUCAGCAGACAAUUAUCAGCCACGUGCAUAGACUCAUAAAGGACUAAAUAUUGUGUUACUUUAUUUUCGUGCCUAGUAAUUUGUGCCAACUUGAUUUCAUUUGCGUUUACUUACUAACAAAACCAUGAAUGUCCCUUUCAUUGUGUGCUAUGUUUUAAUUUAAGCUAAUAGUUUAUUAUUUAUCGUUUUUCACAGUUUGAUUUAUUAGAGCAGAACUGACUCA